AUGCUUGUCUAUGUUGAUGACAUUGUUUUGAUAGGUAAUAUUUCUCAGGCAAUUAAUCAGGUGGUACACAACCUUAGUAAAUCUUUUGCAGUUCAAUACUUGGGUGCUUUAUCGUAUUUCUUGGGUAUCGAAAUUCACCAUCGACCUGAUUCCAUAAUCCUGUCUAAACGGAAGUAUAUUCUCGAGUUACUUCAAUGUGCGAUUCUCUCUGAGUCCAAACUAGUCCCAUCUCCAAUGAAAACAAAGGAUAAUCUUGCUAUUGGUGACAACAAGGCUUUUGAAAAACUUGUUCAAUAUAGACAAAUUGUUGGUGCACUUCCGUAUGUUACACUUUCAAGACCCAACAUCACUUUCGCAGUAAACAAGGUCUGCCAGUUUCUGCACUCACCAACCAAGAACCAGUAG